UUCCUUUUUUCAUUGCACGGCUUAAGGGUGUCUGAGUCAGAAAAGAGCAGACAGACGAUAAAAGCGGUGUGCGCGCGGUGCUCGCGGCCACACCGUCAUGAGACUCGCCGGCGUCCUCUGCUCGCUGCUGCUGCUCGCCGCCGUCCUCCACCCACCAAAAGUGGCUGGACUGUCCUGUCCGGACGUGUGCGUCAAGUCGCGGUGCGAGCGGCUCAAGUGCGCCUACGGCAAAAUCAAGGAUGUUUGCAAUUGCUGCGACUUCUGCGGAAACGGCCCGGGUGAGCAGUGUGGGGGCGAGUUUGGCAUUUUGGGGAUGUGCGGCAAAGGGUUGGAAUGCGUUUCAAACGAGGCGUUCGAACCUGCGGCGUUUCCCGAAGGCACGUGCGCGUGGAAGAAGUUGCCGCCCGGACUCAAGUUCCAGCGGCCAGCCAAGUGGACCUGGAAGCAGCACAACAGGCCACACUGAGAUUUGUUCCUCUUAAUAAUAAAGCAAAAUUGGACUUUGAAUUUUUGAAAAAAAAAACAGGUAAUUUGAUUGCAUCAGAAGGAAAAUUUCUGUGUGUUGAUAAAAUAUAUGGCCAUAUAUUUAUUAAUUUUGAGUCACAAUAAAAUGAACGUCAAUUAUGCAACAACUAAACAUAUUAAUUUGAAGCAUCAACCACACUUCUUGAGGUUGCAAUGAAAACCAACAAUCCCUCAAAUUUCUCUUUUCAAUUCAACUAGCUGGCGAUUUUUAUAGCCAGCUUGGAUGUUCACAUUUUGUUGACCACCAAAAUAAUCUCUGUAUUUCAACUUAAAAACUGAAUCACAACUCUGUGGUACAUAUCAAUAAUUAUUCAACUGCCUAAGAGUUAUUUUCGUGAAAAACAUAGAGACACUCUUGUUUGAUAUAUUAUCACAUCAGUCAACGUUCGUGACAAACUAUUACAUUGUGUAAAAAGGGACCCAAGAUUUUAAGGCAUGUACGAUUGAAAGUGGUUUUUUCCACUUUUACAAAAUUAAGACACAACACACCAACGGAAGAAGCUGCUUGUCUGCCUCUCUCCGAGCAGCCCAGUUUUUUCCUUCAAUUGUACGGAAUAUGAACUUGAAAUGAAUUCGGAAAGUGGUCUUGCUUGCUCCAGACCAAACAGGUAUAAAAAGAAAAAAAAAAAAAAAAUAUAAAGUUACCCC